GCGAAGAGCAAGAAUAAGAAAGCCAAGACCACAGUAUAUGAUGAACCGGACGAUGGAAAAUACAUUGUCAUAAUGAACCCCUUCGGGAUGAGGGCGGGCGCGCGAAAUGACAAAGAUCUGCAGAUACUUUCUGGUUGGCUGGGCGAAAUCUUUGGUCGCCGUAUCAGUGUAUCUGCUGUAUACACCAUGUCAACCAAGGAUUACAUUAUUGUCCAGCUCCCCAUGGAUUUAGAUGUUUUACCUAUAGUAGGCUGUCACAAGUGGACCGAGUUCCUGACGAAGUGGGAUAAUAGCGACAGUCCUGAGUCUUUAAUCUUCCAGUACAACUACAGGAAGAAAGGAGAUCCUGCUGAUAAUAAUUGGGUCAUACGGACCUCAAGGGAUGUAUCACCGCCUGACGGCAUUUUCGUCAAGCCGUAUCCAUCUCCAAGCUGGGCGGCAGUACCGCCGCAACUUAGCAACUACAAUAUGGUACUUCCCCUUCCUCCGCAUCUCAAGCGCCCAUCUACUCCGCCAGCAGAGGUGGCUCCCAAGCUUGAGAAUGAGCCUCAAGUCAAACCAGAAGUGAAAGCUGAGGUGGUCGAUGUAAAGCCAUUUGGGCCGAAGUUGGACCCAUAUGAAGCAGAAGAUUUAGCAUUGCAGUCUCUCCAAGCGGUAAAGAGCGAGCCGAUGGACAAUAUCAUGACAGAACCUUCUUAUCAUGAUUAUGCGCAAGAUAACAAGAGCGGGCAACCCUCUCUGGAACUACAGGAGGCAUUUGCUCGGUAUCAAGCGACUGAAAGUCAAGUAUUUUCCGCACAUUCUAUCAAGUCGGAGCCCUCCGAUCCACAGCAUCAGAGGUUAGCAAGGUCUGAAGGUGAAGGAUCCACUAUUGUUCCAGAUCCAGAAAAGGAACGAGUGAAGCUAGAGCGGGGAUUGCCGCACCACGCUAAUAUCAAGAUGGAGUCGAACGAACAGUCUGAACCUUCACAAAGAUUACGUGAAGCUUUUGCUCGAUAUCAAGCCGCACAAACCCAAGUAUCUUCCGUGGAUCACUCUGUCAAGUCAGAGCCAUUGGACCCUCGUCAAUAUCAGAGUGGGUCACAGUCAUUCGGGCGUCACCCUGAAAAUGCUUUGAAUAGGUCUGAAGAGUAUUCAUCACAGUCAGAAAAUAGUCAGUACAGCAAUGUCAUAGCCGGAAAAAUAGCAUACGAAGUCACUCGCGAUCCGAGACAAAGGACAAGACCUUCUCAUACCCUCCCUAAAAGGCCCUUUCCAACCUCUGAGGAUCGUAAUCACGAGCUGCCGAAGAAAGCCAAGACUGAAGGUGAUUCUUGAAAUAGGAUCUCACCCGCUUGUUCAACACCCACUCAUCUCGAGGCCACUGAUACCGUGUAUAGAAUAUGAUUAAAAGUGUAGUUUAUGACUGUAUUUUGUGAUCCUUGUACACGAGAUGGGAUACAAGUUCAAAGCAUUACUAUUGUGGCCUCCUACAAAGAAUUAAUUUGGUAGAUUUGCAAGCUCUAAUAAGUGACGGGGCAACCAUACAAACUCUACUACCGGAGUCGACAUGUAUCCAUUAUGUGCUGC